GGCACAAGGGGCCCCUCCCAGCGCUGAGUGGGUGCCGGGCAGGUUACCUGUUACCUCUGUAGCCCCGGAGAGGUUAAUGUGACAGGGAAGGGCUGCUCCAUGUGACAGUUAGCAGGCAAACCAAUGAGAGGUAGCAGCCAACUGGUGGGCUUGGCUAGGGAACAGGAGAGAAGGAAGACGGGAGAGAGAGCGGCUAUAGAGACGGCGGCACAAUGAGCCCAAUGUGGGAGCCCACCGGGAGAGAGUAGAGGGGUUACUUACCGCCGGGGGUCUCCAUUCGGCUCAUCCUGGGGGGAGGGAGGGGAGCCCUGUUUUCACCCUGUAGCGAGAUCUCCAUUCCGAGAGGCAGAAUUGGGGGCCUGAAGGGAGCCCCCCAAAGCCAGAGGAUGGACACAUCCGGUCACUUCCAUGAUUCGGGGGUCGGGGACAUGGAAGAGGACCCCAAGUGCCACUGCCCGCUUUCCGGGGAGGACCACCAGCCGCAUCCGCUCAGCCAGCUGCAGAGUCAGACUUACCAGCCGCAGAGUCAGACUUACCAGCCGCAGACUUACCAGCCCAGCCUGUUGCACUGCUCGCCAGCUGCCUGCCGGGCACCUCCUUCCAGCAACUCCGCCGCUCUCCACCCUUCCUCCAGGCAGGGCAGUCAGCUCAAUCUCAAUGACCACUUGGUUGGACACUCUCCAACUUCGGCGUCUACAAGUGGGGCAGGAUGCAAGCACAGACAAGCCAGUCCCCUCGUCCACAGGAGGGACAGCAACCCCUUCACCGAAAUAGCCAUGAGCUCCUGUAAAUACACCGGCGGGGUCAUGAAACCCCUCAGCCGACUAAGUGCCUCCAGGAGGAACCUGAUCGAGUCGGAGCCGGAAAGUCAACCUCUUCAGCUCUUCAACUCCACCAACCCCCCGGAGAUAGUCAUCUCUUCCAAGGAUGAGCACCUCUCCAACCAGACCCUGCACCCCAACCACCAACACUCAGGCAGCAACAGCACCAACAACUACCCCAAAGCCAACAAGAGGAAAAACCAGAACAUCGGCUACAAGUUGGGCCACCGACGGGCGCUCUUCGAGAAGAGGAAAAGGCUCAGUGACUACGCUCUCAUUUUUGGGAUGUUUGGAAUUGUGGUUAUGGUUAUUGAGACUGAACUGUCAUGGGGGUUGUACGAAAAGGAUUCCAUGUUUUCCCUGGCCUUGAAAUGCCUUAUAAGCUUAUCAUCAAUUAUCCUUUUGGGACUGAUCAUCGCAUAUCACGCGCGGGAGGUGCAGGUAGGUCGGUGUGCCGGAGGGGUCGGCCGCGUCGAUAGGCCGGAUAUAUACACGGUGUUUAAUACUGAGUGACGUUUUACUCCCCCA